UCUUUUUUAUAUAAUAUAAAUGUUUUGUCUCUUUGUAGCUUUUAUUCCAGGGGAUCUUGGAUUUUUAGGAAAAUAUGAUCCAAACCAAUACUUUAAAAACUUAAAUAACAAGAAAGCUUGGAAGCAGACAUGGGAUGGUUCUUGGCCAAAUACAGGUGAAAGCAAAAAUGAGCAGACGACAAUAGAAACAACAUCAUCAGAAUUAAAUGUAGAAACACAUUUUGGGAAUACUGCAAAUGAAGAACAAUUGAUUGUUACUGGCCAUGGAAACCAUAACCAGCAUGGGAAAGAUAACCUGAAGACAUGGGACGGCUCAUGGCCAGGAAAAUCUUCGUCAGACAGUGAUACGGCAAAAUCUUGGGCCGAAGCAUGGAAACAGGAAAUGCCUGGACAAAAAGGUACAAAGGGGUCGACAAACAGUAAAGAGUCGUGGAAUGGAAAAUGGUCAGAUGCUUGGCCUGGGGUUCCAGAAAGUAAAGCUUCCAUUACCGACACUAGCAAGACUGAAAAACAAGGAACUGAUGAAAACAGCUUUUCACAUUCCUCUAGAGUUCUGUCGGAAAUAAUUGCAAUGCUACAGAAACUCAGGGAAUCAAAGCACAAAUAAAAUAUUCCUUUAUAUACUU